CAAGAAAAUUACAAACAUCCCUUUGACUCUUUCUUCCCUCUUAAAAUCUCUCUCUCUCUCUCUCUCUCUCUCUCUCACACUGGGAAGAGCGUCAAAAACCACACUCUCUCCUUCCCUCCUCCAUGAAACAGAGUCCCCUGUUCCAUUCUCAGUACUAGAAUGAAGUAUAUCCGAACCAGCAGCCUCAAGAGGCUCUUCUCCUUGAAGCGACGCGGUUUCAAUGAGGAAGUUCUCACCAGCGAUGAAAAAGUUGACAACUUGCAGCCUCUUGCAGCCCCAGAACAGCCUUCUCAAGGACCCACCUGGAAAUGCUUCUCCUACGAAGAACUCCUCGAUGCCACCAAUGGCUUCAGCUCAGAGAAUUUGGUCGGAAAAGGAGGCUACGCGCAGGUUUACAAGGGGAUAUUGAAAGAUGGGUACGAGAUUGCGGUGAAGAGGCUGACAAGAACCUCGAGCGAUGAGAGGAAAGAGAAGGAGUUCUUGACAGAGAUUGGCACAAUCGGCCAUGUUAACCAUCCAAAUGUAUUGCCUCUUCUGGGUUGCUGUAUGGACAAGGGGCUUUACCUCGUCUUCCAGCUUUCAUCCAAAGGUUCUGUUGCCUCUCUUCUUCAUGAUCAAAACCUGCCUCCCAUGGACUGGAAAACCAGGCAUAAGAUAGUUCUUGGGACUGCACGUGGCCUCCAUUACUUGCACAAAGGCUGCAAAAGGAGGAUAAUCCAUCGGGACAUCAAGGCCUCAAACAUUCUAUUAACUUCAGAUUUUGAACCGCAGAUAUCUGAUUUCGGCCUAGCAAAAUGGCUUCCGAAUCAAUGGACUCAUCAUUCAAUAGCCCCAAUAGAAGGGACAUUUGGACAUUUGGCACCAGAGUAUUAUUUACAUGGAAUAGUGGAUGAGAAAACAGACGUGUUUGCAUUUGGGGUUUUCUUGCUUGAAGUCAUCUCAGGGAGGAAACCGGUGGACGGCUCUCACCAAAGCUUACACAACUGGGCUAAACCAUUACUGAACAAAGAGGAAUUAGAAAAGCUGGUAGACCCAAAGCUAGAAGGAGCCUACGAUUUAGCUCAGUUACAGAGACUUGCAUUUGCAGCUUCUCUCUGUAUUCGAGCUUCUGCAACUUGGCGACCUACCAUGAGCCAGGUACUGGAGGUAAUGGAGGAGGGAGAAAUGGACAAGGAAAAGUGGAAGAUGCCAGAGGAGGAAGAAGAGCAAGAAGAAGAGUUCUGGGGAUUUGAGGAUCUGGAAUAUGAAUAUGAAAGCUCAUUCUCUCUGUCGCUACCAGACUCCACUGGAAGCUCUUAAUUAAUAGUUUUGUUGAGCAUCACUUUCAAGCUUCAAGCUAGCUACCUGUAAAUAAAAUAUAUUUUAUAUAUAUUCAUACAUAUCAUCUGGCUAUAUUGUGCUUAAUUCUGCUGCUCCUA